GUGACCUGGACGCCUGCCAGGGCUGGCGGAGGCGGUGGAGCUGUGCAUCCGAACUGCGUCCUUGCGCUAACCCGUUCGGUCUUGGGGGUGCUACGGCAGCUUGUGUUUCCGCAGGUAAAAAGAUGGCGUUUGUGAAGAGUGGAUGGUUGCUGCGACAGAGUACUAUUUUGAAGCGCUGGAAGAAGAAUUGGUUUGAUUUGUGGUCAGAUGGUCACCUGAUCUAUUAUGAUGACCAGAGCCGGCAGAGUAUUGAGGAUAAGGUUCACAUGCCAGUGGACUGCAUUAACAUCCGCACUGGGCAUGAAUGUCGGGAUAUUCAGCCUCCGGAUGGGAAGCCGAAAGACUGUAUGCUGCAGAUUGUUUGCCGAGAUGGGAAAACUAUUAGUCUUUGUGCAGAGAGCACAGAUGAUUGUUUAGCCUGGAAAUUUACACUACAGGAUUCUAGGACAAACACAGCUUACGUUGGUUCAGAAGUCAUGUAUGAUGAGAUGGUGGUGGCUUCUUCCCCACCUCCUUACACAGCCUAUGCCACACCAACCCCUGAGCAGGCAUAUGGCUAUGGUCCAUACAGUGGUGCAUACCCACCAGGAACUCAAGUAGUUUAUGCUGCGAAUGGACAGGCUUAUGCUGUACCCUACCAGUAUCCCUAUGCAGGACUUUAUGGACAGCAGCCUGCCAACCAAGUCAUCAUUCGCGAGCGGUAUCGAGACAAUGACAGUGAUCUGGCGCUUGGCAUGCUAGCGGGGGCAGCCACAGGCAUGGCCUUAGGAUCUCUGUUCUGGGUCUUCUAGAGUUCUUGACGUCUGAAUACGCAUAGCUUCAUACCUGUGUGCAAUAAUAUAAUUUGCAGGGCAUUUUUGUUUCUGAUAAAUGUUUUGCAUAAUAGUUUCACAGUUCUUUUGAUGUAGUGGCAUCAUAUUAUACCUAAUCCAUGUUAGUAUCCCACAGAUGGUUUGGGACUGCUAUUUAGCUAACACUGAUACAUGAACUCUUUGAGGGCACCGGCUCAUUCCCAGAGUUCCCUUUAUGGAACUCUGAAGAUACUUGACUUGGACAUAAACAUACCUGUUUAGAAAGGCAUAUUCUUCUUUGAAUUAGGUGUUGUGUUUAAGGAAUAAGUUAUUUUAGUGUUACUCUGGUAAAUGUGGUCAUGUAUGAGUUAGUGAGUGUGGCGAGAAAAGCUACACCUUCUUUUGGUUACUGGAAGACUCAAACCUUAGACCAGAGCUGGCUACAUUUGCUUUAGGAAUCAUAGGCUGUUGAGCUACAGGGGAACUUCCUCAAGGCAGUGGCGUGCUAUCACCCACCUCAGUUCCUCCUUUCCCCACCUUUGGGCCCUACAGGUCUCCAGCAAGCCUGACUGCUCAGGAUGAUGCUAGGGGGGGUGUUCCUCCCCCUUUACACUGAGGCUAUUUGCCUGCCUUUCUUUUUUUCUAUCCAAAAAGGUUAGGUUUAUUAGGAGAAGGGAGAGGAAGACAUAAACGGGAAGAAAGAGCUGCCUAUAGCUUGUCCUUUCUCUUCUUGAUUGUUUUUGGUAGCAAUCCUUGGAAAAUAUUUCAAAUUAGGAAUUUCUUUGAAACUCAAAGUUGUGUCAGUGUUUUCUUUUUCUCCAAAUGUCCAGGUACAUAAAAGAAUACUUACAGUCCCUGAAGAGAAAACCACCUCAGAAUAUAAAGGUGUAUGUACUGUAGGAAGAAUGACAUAAGGGCAUAACAAAUGUGUAUUAGAAUUUUUUUUGAACCUCAAAGUUUUAGAACUUCAUCCUUUAAAACUUAAGACAAAACAAUUACAGACAAGUAUGUAGAGGUAGAUUUGCGUAGUGACAUGUUUUUAGUACCCACUCUGAGUGUUUUUAUUGCCACCUAAGUCUCUUCAGAACUUAUUUUUCUACUUGCUAGAAAGUGAUAUUGCAAGAAUGAGAGCUGUAGCCACAGUGUUAUGUUUGAGGCUUGCUGGAUUGCACACACAGAGGAUACUUUUCUGUCCUUCUGAAAGUAGCUCAGGAGCAGGUUCACUGUUCUGUGUAGGAGAUGGGUGCUGUGCCCUUCUGGAGGGUAGGGGUGUGUGGCAUCCGGAGGGAGGAGAGGGGGUUGCGCUGGGAUUCAUGGCUGGGGUGGGGGUGGGGGGCUUGGCAAUAGCUGGGAAAUGAGACCUAAGGAUAGGCUCCAGAUCUCCAGAUAGCACUGAGGCUGGCCAGCCUUGUUUUAUUCUUGACCCAGGUGUCACACAGAAGCUUAAACCAUUUAAUUUCAGCCCCAGCUCUGUGUAAAGCUCUAAAACCACUGUCCUGCCUUUCCUAUUUCUUUAUUUAUGUGAGUUUCUAAAGCUCCUAACUCUUCCUGUUUUUUUUUUUGUUUGUUUGUUUUUUUUGCACACUUUAAAAGAACACACUUUCUAUUUAAGGCAGAAGUUCCCCUGCCCAAUUUGGUGUGUGGCUGUUUUAAAACACACUCCAAGUAGUACAAAAAAAAAUUUUUUUUGAACAUUUUAAAAGGACAGAUUUAUUAGGAAAAGCAGAAAGAAAAAGGCACCUGUGUUGUGUCAGGUGGGCAGAGAGUGACAGCACACAUUUUGUUAGCUUCUGUGGGUGUUACACACAUACUCAUGCUUCACUGGUCAACUGUUUCCAUCUCUGAGGCUAGUGCCAUGAGUUCCAAUGUUUGAUAACCUUGAGAGUGUCCACAGUUCUGUUUUCCUAGCCAAUUCUAGUGGACUUGCUGGCCCUGAAGUUUCUGCUUCCAGCUGAAAGGAGAUAACAUGUAAUUGCCAUCUCUGGAUAUUUGAUAUAGUUGAAAAUUGUCAGAUGGUGAUACAUGCCAACAUUGGCUUUGAGGCUUAACAACACUGCUUUUAGAAUACAUUCUGUGUAAUAAGAAUCAUAAGAUUGGCUUUGUUCAGAUGGUAAUUAUUAUUAAAGCUGUGUAUGUUUUACUUACAAAAUAUUAAACACAAUUUUUAAUGUUG